CUCCGUUAGAGUCAGUCCCCCGGAACGGGCGGCCCGGAGCGGUGUCACCGCCGAGGCAGCGCUGACACGGCUGUGCUGAUCUCACUGUGAGUUUGCCCUUGCCGAGAAUGUCGGAGGAGACGCCAGGUCUGUUGCUGCUGUCCACUCUGGGCUGUAUGAAAAAUUAUAGCCAGGUCACACUGACUGGUUGCUCAAAGGCCUUGCGGGAAAACGUGCUGUAAGGAGGACUGUCCAAUUAGCAUCAGAGCCAGGAGAAGAAAAAAGGUCCUCACAGCGAGAGCACUGUCAGGCACAAAGCUGCUCGGGGGUCACCAGCCCACGUACAGUCUUUGAGGUAGAGAAGAUUUCCUUGGAAGUUCUGCAGAGUCCUGGCAAUCUGUGUACAGUAAUGUUGUCACCAUCUCUCAACGAACCGGAUUGGUGCUUCAAGAACGUGGGAUCUCCCCUCAGAACUCCAAAGAAAUUAAUGUGCAUUUCCAUUCAAUCAGCUGAGGUUUUCCAGGUGCUUUCAGUGAUGCCGGGAGACAACAACAAUCCCUGGAUGACAUCUAAGGAUGCUUCAGGUGAAGCUAAUAGUAACUGGAGAUGACUUUGGCUAUUGUCCUCGGAGAAACCAAGGCAUCGUGGACUGUUUCCUGGCCGGUGCAAUAUCUAACGUGUCCCUUCUAGUCAACGGAAGCGCUGCAGCAGAUGCAGCGAAGCUGGCAAGGAGGUACAGCAUCCCAAUAGGCCUUCAUGCCAACCUUUCUGAGGGCUCCCCUGUGUGUGAGGUGCUCAAAACAAACUCUUCUCUGCUCAACCAGGAUGGAUUCUUCCAUGGAAAAAUGGGAUUCAGAACAGCUCUAUCAAGAGGUCUCCUGAACAUGUCAGAGGUGAAGCAGGAGCUAAAGGCCCAGGUGGAGCUGUUCCAUGAGCUGACAGGUCACCUACCUCCUCACAUGGAUGGGCACCAGCAUGUCCACGUCCUCCCAGAGGUCAGGCAUGUGUUUGCAGAGGUGUUAGAGGAAUAUGGGAUUAAGUACACUCGUGUCCCAGUAGAGCCAGGCCUUCAUAACUGUGACUGGAUUCCACCAUCCCUGAUGGACUUUUAUCUGGGAGUAGAAGAAGAUUCUUUUAACACAGUGGAUGUGUUUACAAAGCACGGAAUAAGGUGGCCUGACAUUUAUAUAGGCCUGAGCACCAUGGGCAAGAACAUGUCUGUGAGCAGCAUCUGGAGUGCCAUCAACUCUGCCAUCGUGGAGGUCACAUCCAGGGCGCCCUCGCCUGCACACCCAGCACUGCAGAGCAGGACAGUGACCAUUGAACUGAUGGUGCAUCCGGGGUACCCCAGUGUCCCACCCGUUGGUGGCUGUGGGGAAGGACCGGAUGAUUUCUCCCAGUCCUGGGAGCGCCUCCAUGAACUCCAGACGUUAAUUAAGCCAGAGCUGCAGAGCCAUUACAAAAGCAGGAACAUUCAGCUGUGUUCAUUCAAAGAUCUUUAAAUAAAUGAGCAGACAUCCACCCACCCACCCACCAACCCAUCCCUCCAUCCAUCCAUCCAUCCUCUGAAGCCAGGUAGUUGCUGGUGUCCAGACAAGCCAGACCACUGUUACCAGUGUCACACUCCCUGGCACAGCUGACAGGAGCUGAGAACAGCCUGGGAAUGGAAGAGCAUUACCCUGUGAGCAGCUCCAGGCAGUGCCCCAGAGCCACGACUGUCAGUUUUUAGGCCACAGCAUCUGCUCUGAAUGUGACAUACCCCUUCUAUGACACCCCAACGCAGUGCAGGACAGCGACCAAGGCCCAGCUGCCUCCCAGGGCUCAGCUCCUGUCAACGAAGGAGCAGCACAGAGGUGUGCUCUGUUGUGAGACGCUUUGCACCAUCAUUUCUCUUUUUAGACUUAAUGGUCCAUAGGUACCAUAGGUACUAUCAUUUCUCUUUUUGGAUUUAAUGGCAAAAAAAUAAACAUUCUGGAGGAGCAGGUGCUGCUUUGGAGCAGCCGCUUGGUGUAGGUCAUGGGAGGCCUGGAAACCUUCAGCAUUUGGUUUUCCUAAAGCACUGUUAUGGUCCCUGCCCCUCCACUUAUCCCUGCUCGUAGAUGGGGAGAGGUGCAGGGCACGUCACCUUCAGAGUAUUCCUCUGCUCAGAGCAGUCAGAUAAUACAUGUGGCACAGUGGGAUCUGCAGCCUCUUCCAGGAGCCACCUCAGCCAGCAGUAAUUUUGUCCCUGCCUAUUUAUGUUGCCUCUUAGCAUUAAGCUCCUAUAGGAAAGUGACAUCGGCCACAGCCCUUUCAGAGGUGCUUUCUUAUUUUUUGGAUGACUUUGCAAGAACAGCAACUGUUGACCCAUCUGCUAUUUCAGUAACUGCUGUGUACAAGAGCAGCAGCAACUGAUCCUGUCCCGCCCACUGCCCCUCAGGACAAACACAGGGACAGCCCUGUGCCAGCUACAAGCAGGUCUGCAAGGGAACAAGGUCCCUGUAUCUGUCCCUUUUAUUCCUCCCACCAAAGCAUUUGAACUCCAGUAAGCCCCAGCAAUGCUUCACGCUCUUAACUGCAGCCCUGUCACUCCUAUAGAACUUUCACAUGGGGAGAAAUUAUUUUAGACUGUUUAUGCUCAUUUUCUGCACAUAAGUGAUUUAAUGUAAUCGGUUUUGCUAACUAUGUUUUUUAAUAUUAAAAAUGUCAAUAUGAUUGUCAUUCUUUUAAAUGAAAAAUAAACUCAGGCCUUUUCUAUUGCA